AUGUGGUCUCUUUGGACUAGUAGAAACAAUUUGGUUUUUCAAAAUGUGUCAGAAAAUCAUACUUCUGUCUUAGAAAGAGCUAGAGCUAUGCUUCUCACUAGGAAAACUUCUUUUGUAGCUACUCCUACUACCCCUAAUGCCCUAUGUCACAAAUGGAUGCCCCCUUUGUUUGGUUGGAUCAAAUGUAAUACAGAUGGAGCCUUUGAUGACAUUUCUGGAGAUAAUGGUGCAGGUUAUGUGAUGAGACACUUCUCUAGCAAAGCCUCUUUCUGUGCUGCUAUGGAGUUUGAAGUUUCAUCUGCAGAAGAAGCGGAAGCCAGAGCUAUCUGGGGAAUUCUUAAGAAAGCAGUGGAACAGAAGAUGACUCAUAUAAUAAUAGAAAGUGAUGCUAAAAAUUUGGUGGAGCAAUUUUCUUCUGGUUUUUUUGAUGGUGAUCCUAGGACAGAUGCCAUAUUCAAAGACAUUAAGUUGUUCUCUUCUAAGCUGUCUGCUUGUAUUUUUAGUUUUCAACCUAGAAUCUGUAAUUUUGUUGCUCAUGAGUUAGCUCAAUGGGCAAAACGUAAGAAAACCUCUUUGUACUGGUUAGUGCCUCCUGCUUGGCUUGCACCAACAGUUGAGGGGGACUAUUAG